GAGCUGAUGAUUACGCUCUUGAACGACAACCGAAGCUCUGGUCUCUCUGCCGCACAUGCGGAACCAGGGGUUGGCAAAUCCAUCGCCACGGCACUGGCGCUGCAGAAGUGCGUAGAGCAGAGCGAGGCACCUUUUUACAGAUGGUCAAAAGAGCAGGCACAGAAGUACUUGAAGACUAUGACAACGUUGACCAAGGGUGUUGAGGAGGUUCUAAAAAUGUCAGAAGUGCCUGACAAGUUCGGUGGCUGGAGGCCUGUCUCCAUUAAGGAGUAUUUGAGGACAGGAAGUGCUGCGACGCAGAUCAAGCCGGUUUGGGUCAGGCAGCUGGAGCAGGACGAUGAGAAGUUCGUACAGAUUGGCAGCUCGUUCAAAGUCCAGGGAGAGCUGGCAGACGUGGAUGAUGUUAAAGAAGCAAUUGCGCAAAAGAAGCCGAAUACUGUGUCCUGCGACGCAGAUGAAAUCGACAUUUACAGCCAGAAGGAAGGGGGCUGGGUCAGAGAAGAUGAAGAAGCAGCAGUCAACCGCGGCAAAUCCAGGGCAGACUGCUACGGAUUCACGUUACCAGGAGCUGCUGGAGUCGCAUAG